GAACGACUUCACCGAGCAAGUAGGAACCAUCGUCGUCGAACAACUACGGCUGAAGGGGGGAACUAUUUUGAUGACGGACAAACAUGAGUACUACACUUGUUCUAUGUCAGGUGCUAAGGUGGUCAUGGCGGAGUUUUGCUUCACUUGCACUCGGUGCUGGUCAGCAGGGAAGGCGUCUUGUUCGGCCACCAUCCCACGUAUCGUGUAGACUUUCCUCAUCCUCCAACGACCACAUGGUCAAGUCAUCACAGCAAGACGAUUGCAAAUCGUAUCCUCGGCAGCCGGUAACGGAGCUGUCCGUACGGUCUUUUCUUGAUAUGGGAUUCACAGACCCCCAGGCUGAGCUGCUCCACCAGACUGUGUCCAAAGCCAAGGGGUCUGGCGCUGCUCAACAAACCCUCUCGGCUCUUACAGCUCUGUUUGUGCUAGGCCUUAACCCGUCAAGCGUGCUGAAGGUGCUGGAGAAAUGUCCCGAACUUCACCACAUCAACGAAUCCAAAUUAACCCAACGCAUAAACCACCUGCGUAAACUGGGAUUAGUAGAAGGAAGUCUUCAGCGAGUUGUUGCCCAUUACCCCCAGAUCCUCACAGUCCCUGUGAAACGGAUCAAGUUUGUGGUUUUGUUCAUCAGAGAGAAGGGCCUUUUCACCGUCCAACAGGUCGCAGAAAUCCUCAGAGAUAGUCCAGCCAUAGUACAGGAAGACCUGGACCGACUGGAGUACAAGUUCCAGUAUGUCUUCUUCCGCAUGGGUGUGAAACAAGCAGAGAUGGUGAAGUCCAAGCUCUUCCGCUUCUCCCUCGAAGAGGUGCGCUGUCGCCACUGUUUCCUGGAGCGCAGGGGCUUGUACCAGACCCCAGAUAAGAAGGGGCAGACGGUCAGUGAAAACCCCAAACUCAGCCAGAUCCUCCACUUGGACCUAGAGACCUACCUCACCGAUGUUGCCCGGGCAACGGCGGAAGAAUACGACACGUUUGGGAAAAUGAUGGAGAGGGAAUGGCAGGAGGAGGUGCGACAAGAGAGGGACAUGGGAGCUGACAGUGACGACGACUACGAGGACGAGGAUGAUAAUGAAGAUGAGCAUGAGGAGGAAGAGGUGGGAGGAGCUAAGAGCUCAUACACAAGGAAGAGGAAGUCCUAAGCUAGCACAAUGCUGUUAAUAAAGCUAUUUACCUUUUCAUUGAGGAUCAGACACCUAACAUUGUCAAACAAAUAAAACAGAAUUGUUAAAUCACCGCCAUGUGUUUGUUUCAGCAGUUUGUAAUCUAUAUAUACCCUAAUGCUAAACAACACUUACGUUUAAUGUUAACAUUUCUAUUUGAUUUUACUGUACUAAUCCAUACUAUUCUCUACAACAGUAGGUGAAAUGCCUGUCAGAUUGAUUGAUUGAUUGCACUUUAAAAAUCUCCAAGGUUCCUUGAAUGUCGACAUGUGUUUAACUUUCCGAGGUCUGUCUACAUUGUGUAAUGGUCAUCCAACUGACCCUGCCCGGAUAUUAUAAAUAAUAUUGUACACAUUGAGAUAAAUGAGCUUCCGCCAUACAUCGUCAAUCUUGCAAAUGUUUCCUUCCAUUCGCUUCGCUUCGACAGCCAACAUGUUUAACUUCCUGUAGCUACCUUAUUUGUUUU